AUGGCAAACCGAGGAUACGACGUCGUAGUGGACGUAGAUGCAGAGGUUUGUGACUGUACGCGCUCUGCUUCAUCUGGCUUGUGUAUUGACACGGGUGCAACAGNNGGAGAUCUCGGUCAUACCGACCUGCAAGAGGAUCUCGAAUUCCACUCGUCCAGUGAGACCCAUAGCCAUGUCGCACACUCCUUAGCUCUCUCUAACAAAACUCGCCAGNACUUUGAAACACAAACGUCGACCCGUGGCAAGCUUCCCACAGGCAACAACUCGUUCCUCCCCACCAACAACGGCAACCCCUCGGUGACCAGCAGCAAACACUACCUCUGGAGCAUCUCCUUCUAUGCCCAAUUCUUCGACGUCGACACCUCCGAAGUCGCCCGCCGCUGCCGUGCUGCCAUCUUUCCCCUCUCAAACUUCCUCGACGUGCUAGAUGGAAAUCCCGAUCUCUACGGCCCCUUUUGGAUCGCUACCACCGUCGUCGUCAUCCUCUUCCUCACUGGCACAAUCUCGCAAUAUCUGGCAAAGGAGGGAAAGAAACACUUCAUCUAUGAUUUUACGCUGCUCUCGGGUGCUGCGGGUCUGAUCUAUGGCUACACUUUCAUCAUUCCCGUUGCCCUGUGGGGUGCCCUCAAGUGGUUCAGAGCAGAAUCCGCAAACCUGCUCGAGUGCAUCUGUCUCUACGGCUAUGCCAAUCUGAUCUGGAUCCCCGUCGCCNUUGAUCUCGUGGUCGCCAAUCUCCAUUUUAAACUGGUCUUUGUUGCCGUCGGCCUUGGCGCCUCGGGUGUCUUUUUGGUCAGAAAUCUGUAUCCAGUGCUCAGCGCUACAGACGUCAAGACGAGCAAGAUCUUGUUGAUUGUCGUUGUUGCUCUGCACUUUGGUCUUGCUCUCGCCAUCAAGAUCUUGUUCUUUGCUCCUGCAAAGAAGGACAAGGCACCCAAAGGAGAUGACGAUGACAAGACGAUGCGCAUGUUCUUUGGCUUGUAG